AUGGAGGAUAUCCGUCGCGAUCCAGAGGGGAGACGGUCGCACGGUCGAGGGUCAAGUAUAUCCCUUCCGACUGUUGCUCUCCCUUCCGCCGUCGCUCUCCCUUCCGCCGCCCUUCUUUCCCCUCGUCGCCCUGCCUUCCGUCCGUCGCCCACCCUUGUUCCCGUCGCCCUCCCUUCCCGUCGCCCUCCCUUCCCGUCGCCCUCCCUUCCCGUCGCCCUCCCUUCCCGUCGCCCUCCCUUCCCGUCGCCCUCCCUUCCCGUCGCCCUCCCUUCCCGUCGCCCGCGCUUCUUCCCGUCGCCCUCCCUUCCCGUCGCCUUCCCUUCCCGUCGCCCGCGCUUCUUCCCGUCGCCCUCCCUUCCCGUCGCCCUCCCUUCCCGUCGCCCUCCCUUCCCGUCGCCCUCCCUUCCCGUCGCCCUCCCUUCCCGUCGCCCUCCCUUCCCGUCGCCCUCCCUUCCCGUCGCCCUCCCUUCCCGUCGCCCUCGCUUUCCCCGUCGCCCUGCCAUCCACUCCCCGUCGCCCUCGCCUUCCCUCCCGUCUCCCUUCCCAUCUCGCACACUUGUCACCCUCCCUUUUCUCUCCCUACUCCCUCUUUUCCCUCCCUCUAAUAAUCGCCUUCCUUCCCCCAACUUAUACCCUUCCCUGCUUCCCCCCAUCCCCUGCCCUGCUUCCCCCCAUCCUCUUCAUUCUUUCCCCGUAUCCCCAGCCCUGCUUCCCCCCAUCCCCUUCCCUGCUUCCCCCCAUCUCCUUCCCUUCUUCCCCCCAUCUCCGUCCCUGCUUCCCCCCAUCCCCCUCCCUGCUUCCCCCCAUACCCCUUCCCUGCUUCCCCCCAUCCCCUUCCCUGCUUCCCCCCAUCCCCUUCCCUGCUUCCCCCCAUCCCCUUCCCUGCUUCCCCCCAUCCCCUUCCCUGCUUCCCCCCAUCCCCUUCCCUGCUUCCCCCCAUCCCCUUCCCUGCUCCCCCCCAUCUCCAUCCCUGCUUCCCCCCAUACCCCUCCCUGCUUCCCCCCAUCCCCCUCUCUGCUUCCCCCCAUCCCCUUCCCUGCUUCCCCAUGUCCCCUUCCCUGCUUUCCUCCAUCCCCUUCCCUGCUCCCCCCCAUCUCCAUCCCUGCUUCCCCCCAUACCCCUCCCUGCUUCCCCCCAUCCCCCUCUCUGCUUCCCCCCAUCCCCUUCCCUGCUUCCCCAUGUCCCCUUCCCUGCUUCCCCCCAUCCCCUUCCCUGCUUCCCCCCAUCCCCUUCCCUGCUUCCCCCCAUCCCCUUCCCUGCUUCCCCCCAUCCCCUUCCCUGCUUCCCCCCAUCCCCUUCCCUGCUCCCCCCCAUCUCCAUCCCUGCUUCCCCCCAUACCCCUCCCUGCUUCCCCCCAUCCCCCUCUCUGCUUCCCCCCAUCCCCUUCCCUGCUUCCCCAUGUCCCCUUCCCUGCUUUCCUCCAUCCCCUUCCCUGCUCCCCCCCAUCUCCAUCCCUGCUUCCCCCCAUACCCCUCCCUGCUUCCCCCCAUCCCCCUCUCUGCUUCCCCCCAUCCCCUUCCCUGCUUCCCCAUGUCCCCUUCCCUGCUUCCCCCCAUCCCCUUCCCUGCUCCCCCAUGUCCCCUUCCCUGCUUCCCCCCAUCCCCCUCCCUGCUUCCCCCCAUCCCCUUCCGUGCUUUUCCCCCUCCCGUUUCCAUCGCUUUCCCCCUCCCGUCGACCUCGCUUUCCCCCUGCUCACCCCCAUUCCCCCUGCUCACUCUCUUCCCCCUUUCUCACUCUGCCCCCCCUUCCUCACUCUGUUCCACCCUGCUCACUCUCUCCUCCUCACUCUAA